AUGUCUGCUCCAGGUGAAAAAAGAAAAGCUUCAAGAAAAAAGAAAGAUCCAGAUGCUCCAAAAAGAUCUUUAUCUGCUUAUAUGUUUUUUGCAAAUGAAAAUAGAGAUAUUGUAAGAGCUGAAAAUCCAGGUAUAACUUUUGGACAAGUUGGUAAAGCUUUAGGUGAUAAAUGGAAAGCUUUAAAAUCAACAAAUACACAAAACCAAAAAUCAACAACAACAACUUCUAAUUUAAAACAACAACCAAAACAACAACCACAAAUACAACAACCACCUCAAAUACAACAACAACAACAACAACAAGCACCACAAAUUCAUCAACAACAACCUCUUUCAUCUACUACUUCAAUUCCUCCUCAACAAAUUUCUCAACAAUAUCAACAACAACCACAUCAACCUCAAUCAUUUGUACCACCUCAACAACAAUAUCCUUAUCAAUUUCAAAAUCAAUUACCUCAUCAACAACAAUAUCAACAAUUUUAUCCAAAUCAACAAUUUACUCAAACUAAUUUAAAUCCAAAUCAAACUCAACAACCAAAUCAACAAAAUCAACAAAAUCCUAAUCAAAAUCCAAAUCAAUCUUCAUCAUCAUCUUCAACUAAUCAACAAAAUCCAAAUGAUUUUUAUGAUAAUUCUACAUUUCAACAACAUUGGAUGUAG